CUUUGCCAAUACCACCCACUUUUAUCUAUCUUCAUAGAUUAUGCCCCCUUUUUCUCUCCCUCCAAACAUCACCUGCUGCUCAAUGCUGACACCACUGCACCUUCAAUAACACACAUACUGUCAGUCUCCAUUUGUUUUGUUUCUCCCCCAACAACAACAUCAGACUUGUGUUCUGUUCCAUUUUCCCUUUUAUGGUACCCAACCCACCAACUACCACUUGCCUGCUUUCAGUUUCUGCUCAUCGUACCCACCGUCUCUUUCCUUUACAUCACUCUCCAGCUCAAUAAUGCUGGAAAAAUUGGAUUGUCAAGAGAUUUUGAACUGCAGAGAAAUUAUUCUUCGCGUGCUUCCUUGAAUGAACACGAAAUGAUUCUUUGUAUGUUUCCUAGCAAAAUCGCCGAGGGAGAAGAAGUUAGAAGCCCAUCAAAAGCAUUUUCUUGGCAGUUACCACCUUUAUAGUUAGAUAGAAGGCGUCAUUUCUGGAUGUAAAUCUGAGCAACGGAAGGUAAAGCAGAAGAAAAAAACAUGAAGAAAUUAUGGUCGACGAAACAAGGGUUGACUAGAAUCUUUGGUUUGUGGCUGUUGCUUGUAUUCCAUCAUCUGGUUUCAGCCCAAAAGCAAAGCAAUGAUGAUGUGAUGAAGCUGAUGGCUUUCAAGCGAUUCUCGGUUUCUUCUGAUCCCUCCGGCGCCUUAGCCAAAUGGACUGAAGAUUCUGCGAGCCCCUGCUCAUGGCGUGGAGUCUCUUGCUCUCCUGAUGGCCGUGUUACUGUCCUGAACCUCAGUUAUUCCGGCCUUGUUGGUGCUUUACAACUCCCGAACCUGACAGCCUUGUCGUCUCUCCGUCAACUGUAUUUACAAGGGAACUCGUUUACUGCUGCUGAUCUUUCUUCUAUCUCAUCGUGCAACCUCGAAACUAUCGACUUGUCAUCCAACGCCAUCUCGAACCAUCUGCCUGAAACAUCAUUUGUCUCCGCCUGUAACAGUCUGGUUCUUGUUAACCUCUCUCACAAUUCAAUUCCUGGGGGAAAUAUUACGGUUGGCCCUUCUCUGCUGCAGCUUGACCUCUCUCGUAAUCAGAUUUCUGAUUUUUCCCUAUUGAGCUACUCCCUUUCCACAUGCCAGAACUUGAAGCUUCUCAACUUGUCAGAUAAUAAGCUCACGGGUAAACUUGGUCUCUCUUCCCUGUCUUGCAAGAAUUUAAUGGUUCUUGAUCUUUCAUACAAUCUGUUUUCUGGAUCAAUACCGUCGAGUUUGAUGCCAAAUUCUUUGGUUUCGUUGGAGCUUCUUGAUCUUUCUCACAAUAACUUCUCUGGCAAGUUCUCCACCUUAAAUUUUGCGCAGUGCAGCAACCUCACCAAGCUCAGCUUGUCUCAUAACAGCCUCUCUGACUCUGGGUUCCCAGUUAGCCUCAGAAACUGUCGCCUUCUACAGGCACUCGACUUGUCCCAUAUUAGGCUGCAGGGCAAGAUUCCAGGGGACUUGUUGGGAAACUUGAGAAAUUUGAAAAUUCUAUCUUUGGCUAACAAUGAGUUUAUGGGUGAAAUCCCUCGAUUAGGACAGGCUUGUGGGACUCUCGAGGAGCUUGACCUGUCAUCAAACAAACUAAUAGGUGGUUUGCCUUUAUCUUUUACAUCAUGCUCUUCUUUGCAAGUUUUGAACCUGGGAAACAAUCUACUUUCAGGAGAUUUCCUCAGUGCAGUUGUGAGCAGUCUCCCUAAUUUGAGAUAUCUUUAUGUACCAUUCAACAAUGUUUCUGGUUCUGUGCCCUUGUCACUCACGAAUUGUACUCGGCUUCAAGUGCUGGACCUUGGUUCUAACGCCUUCGAGGGGAGUAUCCCUCGAGGAUUUUGCUCUUCAACAUCUUCUUUGGAAAGGAUUCUUUUAGCCAACAAUUACCUCUCAGGAAGUGUGCCGGUGGAGCUUGGAAACUGCAAGAACUUGAAGUCAUUAGACCUUAGUUUUAACAGCUUGAAUGGUCCUAUUCCCAUAAAUAUUUGGAAUUUGCAUUAUCUUUCUGACCUGGUUAUGUGGGCAAAUAACAUCACCGGUGAGAUCCCAGAAGGCAUUUGUGUCAAUGGAGGAAACCUGGAGACCCUCAUUCUCAACAAUAAUCUCAUCGGUGGAAGAAUACCGGAUUCCAUUUCCAGGUGUACCAAUAUGAUAUGGGUAUCACUUUCUGGCAACAGACUUACAGGUGAAAUCCCUUCUGGUUUUGGAAAUCUUCCUAAGCUUGCUAUCCUGCAAUUGGGUAACAACUCUCUGACUGGACAGAUUCCACCGGAGCUUGGCAGAUGCCAGAGUCUCAUCUGGCUUGAUUUAAAUAGCAAUGGCAUCAGUGGUGCUCUUCCACCUGAGCUUGCAAACCAAGCCGGUCUAGUCAUGCCUGGACGCGUAUCAGGGAAGAAAUUCGCAUUCGUAAGAAAUGAGGGUGGAACAGCUUGUAGGGGUGCUGGUGGUUUAGUUGAGUUUGAGGGAAUAAGGCCAGAAAGGCUUGAAAGUUUUCCCAUGGUUCAUUCUUGCUCAUCCACUAGAAUUUACUCCGGUAUGACAAUGUACACCUUUGUCAAUAAUGGAAGCAUGAUCUACCUUGAUAUCUCUUAUAAUAAUCUGUCAGGUUCUAUUCCCGAGAAUUUUGGUACAAUGAGCUACCUCCAGGUCUUGAAUUUGGGGCAUAAUAAGCUAACGGGUAACAUUUCUGAAAGUUUUGGAGGUUUGAAAGCUAUUGGUGUCUUGGACCUCUCUCAUAAUAAUCUCCAAGGAUAUCUGCCAGGAUCAUUAGGGACUCUCAGUUUUCUUAGUGACCUGGAUGUAUCCAACAACAACCUAACCGGUUCGAUCCCUACCGGUGGUCAGCUGACCACUUUCCCAGCCUCCAGAUACGAGAACAACUCCGGCCUCUGCGGGGUUCCCUUGCCUUCUUGUGCCUCCGAAGCUCAUUCGACAAACCUUCAUACUCGAAAUAAGAAGACACCAGUGGCAGUCGUGAUGGUGGUUGGCAUUACACUCUUCCUUUUCUGCUUUCUUGGAUUAACAAUAGCUCUUUACCGAGUGAAUAAGAACCAGCUUAAGGUGGAACAAAGAGAGAAAUACGUUGAAAGCCUACCAACUUCAGGUAGCAGUAUCUGGAAACUCUCUAGUGUACCUGAGCCUUUGAGCAUCAACAUUGCCACUUUCGAGAAGCCUCUACGAAAGUUGACCUUCGCCCAUCUGCUCGAAGCUACUAAUGGUUUCAGUGCGGAAAGUUUGAUAGGGUCCGGAGGGUUUGGCGAGGUCUACAAAGCACAGCUGAGAGACGGCUGUGUAGUUGCAAUCAAGAAGCUAAUACACAUAACAGGGCAGGGAGACAGAGAGUUCAUGGCAGAAAUGGAAACUAUUGGAAAGAUCAAGCACCGGAACCUGGUUCCCUUACUCGGUUACUGCAAGGUUGGAGAGGAGAGGCUUCUCGUUUAUGAGUACAUGAAAUGGGGAAGUCUGGAAUCUGUUCUUCAUGACACAGCCAAAGGAAGAGGGUCAAGGCUUGAUUGGGAAGCUAGAAAGAAGAUUGCUAUCGGAUCAGCUCGAGGUCUUGCGUUCCUUCAUCAUAGCUGCAUUCCUCACAUUAUCCAUCGAGACAUGAAAUCUAGCAAUGUACUUCUUGAUGAAAACUUUGAGGCUAGAGUUUCUGAUUUUGGGAUGGCAAGAUUAGUAAAUGCUCUUGAUACUCAUCUCAGUGUCAGCACACUUGCAGGAACUCCAGGAUAUGUUCCCCCGGAGUACUAUCAGAGUUUCCGGUGUACAACAAAAGGUGACGUCUAUAGUUACGGUGUCAUACUGCUAGAACUUCUUUCUGGAAAGAGGCCUAUAGACCCAUCCGAGUUCGGUGAUGACAACAACCUUGUAGGCUGGGCAAAGCAACUCCACAGAGAAAAGAGAGUUGAUGAGAUAUUGGACCCUGAGUUGAUGCUGAAAGAAUCUGGUGAGUCAGAGUUGCACCAUUAUUUGAGGAUCGCCUUUGAGUGUCUCGAUGAUAGGCCCUUCCGACGUCCGACCAUGAUACAGGUGAUGACAUUGUUCAAAGAGCUUCAAGUUGAUUCAGAUAGUGAUAUCCUCGACGGUUUAUCGAUCGGGGACAGCACUAUUGACGAAUCGUGAGGCAAAAACAUGUGAGAAGUGCAUACAACUCCGGUUGAAGUGAAAGGUCCUGUUUCUUCCAUCCUGAGUACGUGGUGAGAUUGAGUCUGCAGAUUAGGCAUCUGCAAGUUGAUUUUCUGAUAUUUGCAGAUAGGCUUUCAUUCAUAAGGUUUUUCGCUUAGUGUAAAUAAUAGAAAACGCCGAAUGACUCGGGUCUUCGGUUGCUAAAACCCGGGUACAAUAGAAUUUCUUUCCUCUAAACAAUCAUCUGUGUCACCAAAGUCAUCAAUACUUUGCUCCUUUUUCCAUUAUCUUGAAUUUCCUGCCACAAUUUUGCUAACUCAUUCAUACUCUUUAUUUGUUACAAUUGGUCAGUUGUUCAUCAUAGUGUAAAUUUCUAAUAGGAAAGUGAAUUCAAUUGUGUUGAGUUUAGUGACUAGUGAGCGAUUACAAUGAAUUUAAUAGCAACCGGAUUCCAAACCGAUUCACAAAUAUGAUUUAUAACUCGGUUUCAGCUGAUUUUGAAACCUCCAACUUGCUCAGAAACCGGACUACUUAGA